UUUAAAGAUUCAACUUUAGAUAAUUUGCCUUUUGUUCAGCCAACUGGUAUGACUCUAACAUCACCACCACCUGCACUAACAAGUCAUUCUCAUUCUACUCACCUAAGUAUUGAGAAUUUAAAAGAAGAUAGCAUUUUACUAAGGAAUGAGAAUGAUUUGUUAAAAUCUCAGGUUAAAAAACUAAGUGAAGAGCUAGAAACUUACAAGAAUCCUGGAACAUGUGCAUUGCAUCUAGCGCUUAAAUAUCCUAUUUCGCAAGUUCAAAAUUCUCAAGAAGCAUCUGAAUCUGUGUUGCCUCCUCCUAAAAAAAAGAGAAAGAUACUCCCAUUUGCUUGA